UGGCGCCGCGGGAGUGGCAGCCUGUUACAGCAGCUCUUGCUCUCUGUGAGCUUCUUUCUCUUAUUUUUCCUUCUUUUAUAGCACUUUUUAAUUCUGAGUACAUCUCAUACUGUCCGUUCACCAUGGACAUUAAGCCUGCGAAGUUUGUAGUAUUUUUUAUUWUGUUUUUCUCGUGUUUUGGACACGCGAGUUUGGUACCAGCGAGCAGCGUCCAGGAUCUCCAUGCUUACACCAGGGAGCAGCUGUUAGCACUCAGGGGAACAGCGGUGCUCCCAGGGGAGCGACCCCAGAUCCCCGGCGAGUUGCGGAGGAAGCGACGGGGGACUCGUGCGGGGGUACAGCGCCGUGCGAGAAGGAGACGCUACAAACCCGUKUUUCCGUCUGUCAUCAUGGGAAACGUGAGAUCUCUUCCAAAUAAGAUGGAUGAGUUAUCGGCGCUGACCCGACACGAGAGGGAGUUCCGCGARUGUAGCGUCAUGCUGUUUACGGAGACAUGGCUAAAUUUGCUAACUACGGACACGCUCGUUUCUCUGGAGGGCUUUCAUCUCAUACGGGCGGACAGGACAGCGGAGAGUGGUAAGAGGAAAGGCGGAGGACUGRCAAUAUUUGUAAAUAACAGAUGGUGCAAUCCUGGGCACAUCACUAUUAAAGAGAAAAUCUGCUGUAAAGACAUUGAACUGCUAGCUGUUAGUAUGAGACCUUACUAUCUACCACGGGAAUUCUCGCAUGCUAUCGUAAUAGCUGCGUACGUCCCUCC